UAACUUAUUUUGUAAUACUUUUUCCAUCAGUACGGCAUCCUUAAAUAAUGCGAACGUUUUUUUUUAUAAACACCGUCUGUUUUUAGUUUUUGUACAUAAUUUCGCAAUGUCCGUUACAUUACAUACAGACGUGGGCGACAUUAAAAUCGAACUUUUCUGUGAGGAUUGUCCAAAGGCAUGCCACAAUUUUUUGGCGCUUUGUGCCAGCGAGUAUUACAACGGAUGCGCGUUUAUUCGGAAUAUAAAAGGCUUCAUUGUGCAAACCGGUGAUCCUACAAAUACUGGCAAAAAUGGGAAAUCAAUAUGGGGCGCAAAAUUUGAAGAUGAAUUUAAGGACACACUUAAGCAUUCCGAUCGUGGUAUGAUAUCAAUGGCAAAUAAUGGACCCAAUGCGAACGCCAGCCAAUUCUUCAUUACGUAUGCGGCGCAACCUAAUCUAGACCUGAAGUAUACACUAUUUGGAAGAGUGAUAGAUGGAUUUGAUGCGUUAGAUGAACUGGAAAAACUGCCUGUGAAUCCUAAAACUUAUCGCCCGCACGUUGAGAAGAAAAUUAAUAGUGUCACCAUACAUGCGAAUCCUAUAGCGGGUUAAAGCCAGUCGUAAGGAGUUUAAUAAUAUUCUUUCCUAGUUCUAUGUGCUUCUAAUUUUGCAUUACGUUACCACGUUGGUACGCAAGAAAAUUUACUGUUAAUAUGAAGAAACAUAAAAAAUAAAAAAAUGGAGACAUGAAAGAUUUAUUUAAAAAGUUAA